AAGACCGACGAGAGAAGAAAGGACUGGAUGUAUUACGGGGAAUUUGCAGAGAUUCAUGCAUGUAAAUUAGACUUAACACCUGACUUUUUCCACGUACAAAGCGCUUACAGAUCGGAACCACACGAAUGACAUCAAUUGCGCGUUGUAACUUUUUCAACUGGCUCUGAUCUUUGGAAAGCUGGACAGUUGAUUUUUAUUGAGAUUCGGACGGACUGCACCAUGCCCAGACGGGUAGUACAAGAAGUAACAGUCCAAGAUGUUCAGAAGAGGAGAAAUCCCAAUAAACACUAUGUUUACAUCAUCAAGGUCUCCUGGUCCGAUGGAUCUACAGAAGUCAUAUUCCGACGCUACAGCAAGUUCUUCGACCUCCAGAUGGAGCUUCUGGAUAAGUUCCCGGUUGAAGGAGGACAAAAGGACCCUAAGCGUAGAAUCAUCCCCUUUCUGCCAGGGAAGAUCCUGUUCAGGAGAAGUCACAUCAGGGAUGUGGCCAUGAAACGCCUGAGGCCCAUUAACGAGUACUGCAGGGCUCUGAUCCAGCUGCCCGUCUACAUCUCGCAGUGUGAGGAAGUCCGCGUGUUCUUCGAGACUCGACCUGAAGACCUCACCCACCCAAAGAGUGAUGAGCCUAUUGGAAAGAAGAAGUCAGGGUUUUUGGAGCGAGCGUCUUCUUUCCUAAAGAGAGGAGAGUCCAGCUCAGCCGACCCGUUGCUUCUGGAUCAGUAUGUGGCUGUCACCAGCUACGAGAAGCAGGAGAGCUCCGAGGUCAGCCUGCUUGUGGGACAGGUGGUGGAGGUCAUCGAGAAGAACGAGACGGGCUGGUGGUUUGUCAGCUCGGACGAUGCCCAGGGAUGGGUCCCGGCGACCUGCCUGGAGGCCCAGGAUGACCCUGACGACUUCUCCCUCCCAGCCGAGGAAGUACCGCGGAGGUACUGGUCGCUGCCGAGGCACGUGGGCCGUCGGAGGACUUUAGGGGAUCUGUUCGGCACGGGUUUCGGGCCAGAGGAGAAGUACACGGUGAUCUACCCCUACACGGCCCGGGACAAAGACGAGAUUAACCUGGUGAAGGGCGUGACCGUGGAGGUCAUCCAGAGGAACCUGGAGGGCUGGUGGAAGAUCCGGUACCAGGGGCAGGAGGGCUGGGCCCCGGCGUCCUACCUGAAGAAGACGGACAUCCUGGCCCAGAAGAUGGCCGCCGGCGCGGCGGCCCACGCCAGCGCUAACGACCUGGACGUCUCCAAGCAGGGGGGCAAGGAGAGCCGCGACGGCCCCAAAGACCUGCGCUUCACGCCCUUCCCCGAAAACAAGCGCAAAGCUGGUCAGAGACAAAGACCCCCGCCAAGGCGUGAUCUCACCAUUCCGCGCGGAGUGAACCUGCCCAAGCCCCCCGUCCCGCCCCAGGUGGAGGAGGAGUACUACACUAUCGCGGACUUCCAGACCACCAUCCCCGACGGCAUCAGCUUCCAGGCAGGAGUGAAAGUGGAGGUGAUUGAGAAGAACUCCAGCGGAUGGUGGUACAUCCAGAUCGAGGAGCGGGAAGGCUGGGCUCCCGUCACGUUCAUAGACAAGUACAAGAAGACCAGCAACGCGUCGCGGCCCAACUUCCUGGCCCCGCUCCCGAACGAGAUGGCCCAGCUGAAGCUGGAGGACGGGGCCUCCAACGGCUCGGCACAGGACGACAGUUGGUCCAAGCCGCUGCCCGACGAGCCCUCGGCCAGCAGCGAUUCGGCCGCCCGGCCCAAGCUGAGGGACUGGAAGUCCGGCGGCCCCAAGAGCGGUCCUUCCGCUCCCGCCCCCUUCUCUGGACCCCUGCCUCCCGCCCCCGCCCUGCCCCCGGCAGAGGAAAAGCCCGCCCUCCCCCCUCGCCGAGAGUCCAUCAACAAGAGCCUGGAGUCCGAGGCCCUGGAGAAACCCAAGAUGGACCUGCCCAAAGCCCUCCCCCCGAAGCCCCCCGCUCCCGGGGUCAUCGUGCCCCUGGUGCCCCCGAAAGCGGCGCCCUUCAAACCGGAGAAACCGCCGGAGCCCAAGAGGGAGGACAAGAACAAGCCGCUUCACCUGAAGAACGAGAUGGGCCUCGAGUGCGGCCACAAGAUCUCCGCCAAGGAGGUGAAGAAGUUCAACCUGAAGCCUGUGGCCAAGCCGCCCAAGCCCAAACCCGAGCCCCCGGAGGAGAAGCCCGAGGUGCCCGCCCCGUUCGCCAAGCCCAAACCCGUGCUCCGGCCCAAACCGCCUCCCGUAUCCCGGCAAGACACCCCGCCGGAAAACAAGCUGGACAUAACCAACCUGAGGAGCAAGCUGCGGCCCCCCAGGCCGGCUGAGAUGGGCUCAGGGGCCGAGGCCAACCAGCAGGACGGUGCGUCACCCGACAGUGCCCUCAGCGAGAGAGGGGGCGAGGAGCCCAAGUGUCCCCCGAAACAGCAAAACGGCCAUGACCUGCCGGACUUGCCCAAACCCCCGGUGCCUGCCCACAAAGAACUGCCACAGAGGCCCACCGUCGCCCCCAGGAGACCUCCACCUCCCAAAAAGACCAACGAACCUGCCAGCCCCACCGAAACCAAAGCCCCCCCGAAAGACUUUCCGCCCGAGCCCAAACCGGCGGCCCCACAGGGCAGACCCCCUCCUCCCAAACCCAAAGCGUUCGUGUUGCCACCCCCCAAAGACAAAGACAAAGACAAGGAGGACCCCAAGCCCCGACUGCCCCUCCCGCCAAAGCCCUUCAGCAAGAGCGAGAAACCCGAGCCGCCCAAAGAGAAACUCCCUCCCCUCAUCAAGGACGCGGCCAAGGACGAGCUGUACCUGGCGCUGGCCGACUUCGACGGCGACGACCAGACCUCAGGGUUCAAGGAGGGGACAGUGUUCGAGGUUCUGGAGAAGAAUUUGAAUGGCUGGUGGUUCUGUAAAAACGUCAGUGGCGGGCCUAUGAAAGAGGGCUGGAUCCCUUCCAAUUAUCUAACCAAGAAACCCUAGUUACUGGCCUCUGGGUUUAAUUUGUUUUACGAUAUAUUUAAUUAGCUUUUUUUAUUUAUAGGUGGUACAUUGAUAGUAGCCUUUUAAUACAUUCCAUUAAUUUCAAGCUCAAGUUGGGAAGGGACAGCCCUUUGAGCAGGUAUUAUCAGAUCCUGUUUUCUUGAACAGUGUUAAUUAGGACUGAAGAAAGAUUGUAGUAACGAUGAUAGGGAGCAUCAUUGGAACAAAUCCAUUUCUAGAUGGUAUCAGACCUGGGUCAAUUACGUAAUUGUUUUUGAUUCAAAUACCUUUCUAUGCCUUUCUGAGCUUGCCUGGUGUAUUUGAACCUAUGAAAAAGUUCAAACCUCUGGGUUGGCUCAAUUGCACCAGGCAGGAUCAGUCGAGCACGGAAAAGUAUUUGAAUCCAAAACAAUUAUAUACCCAGGUGUGGAUCAUAUCAUACACCUUGUGUGCCAUAUUCUACACAGGUUUAUAAUGUUGUUUUAUAGUUGUAUUACAGCAGCUGCAGUAGACAAGCAAUAUAUAUGUCUUUAAUGCCUUCAUAAUAUUGUGCCUAGGUAUAUUACAGUGGUGUUCCAAGCUUAAAUAUAUGCAAGCAAGGUUUUCUUCAUCAGUGUAUGUAUCACUAUAACUGAAAUGUAAGGAGGAGGGUAUUUGUAACUUACAAUGCAAUGGAACAAGUGAAUGAGAGUAUUCUGAACUGGAGUACUUGGAUACACCAGAGAAAGCAGUUUGAUGGAAACUUUUGGUUUGGGUGGAGCUUCAGCCAAGUACUGUUAAGUGCUAAUAUUACCAUUAUUUUGUACUUUAAUCAUUGUGCUUUGUGAAUAACGUUUCUUUUCUUCUUCUUUUUUUACAAUUUGUCCAUUUUUUAAAAGCAUGUUAUUGUUACAGAGUGAUUUUGGAAAACAGCAGAUGUGCACUUUUCAACAUGGCCAGAUGUUCAGGUUCACUCUGGCCUUUUUUUUUUUUUUUUUUUUUUUUUUUCUUAGAUGUGAAGUAUGCUGUAAGUAAGCAUACGUCUGACACACACAGUCCUGAGUUUACACAUCUCAGUAUUUACAUUAACUCAGCAGAAAGCCUCUGGCUUAUGAGGGUGACUACCGUACAUUUAAAGGCAUUGUUUGAUAAUCAACAACUUCAUAUUAAGGUUUUUUCCAUAGUCUUUUUUAGUAGCUUUCUCCCCGUAGAAUUGUGGGAGGGGUUUAUCAUUACCUCAGUCUUUCAGAAGCACCAUAUUGUAAAUCUGAAUUUAAUUUCAUCCCUAAAAAUAGCGUGUGAACCCGAAAUAGUGCUCCUGAGAUUUGUGAGUGUUCUGACACAAAAAGUCUGAGUCAUUGCAUACACUGAAUCUUACAAAAGGUUCUCAAAUAUACGUUUUAGAAUUAUGUUUUGAUAUUCGCUUGACUGGUUUCAAGCUUGGUAUAGCAACGUUAAAUUGUCUUUGUUGUACUUCUGAAAGGGAGUCCUUUCUUCGUGACUUGUUUUUGCUUCGUGUCAGGACAUUUGGGACACUCCUUGUGUGAGUGGACAGUAUUGAUGAAAACCGUGAUCCGAUCGGGUCGGUGAGGUAUGGAAUGCGUCCUUACAGAUCCAGACCCAGGCAGGAGUUACUUCUGGCUCGCUGGAAUGCUGGAAUUGUGUAUGCUGGAAUUACACAUUUUUUCCACGUGCUCCUGGUUUUCUAAUUAAUUUCUUGCUUGCAUUCUUUUUGCUUGCAUUUCGAAAAACCCUGCCUUUUUAAAAAAAGGAGGAUGUUCUGCCUGUCGUAUUGACAGGUAAGAUACAGGUAGAGGUAGAUCAAGGAUUUUCAACCUCUUCUGAUCAAAUGAACCCCACACAUGCUCAAAGGUAUCCAGGGACCCCCAUCAUAUGUUAAAAAUGAUUCUAUUGUUUUUUAUAUUUUAAAAAUUUCCCCCAAAUAUAUAUUCAUGGAUAUUAUGUACCUCCCAGGACCCCCAGAGGUCUGCGGACCCCCAUUUAAAGCCCAGGUGAUGGGAACAUCCAAAGAUUGGUUGCGAGUGCGUAGGUAUUUCAGUGGUUGUCAAAUUGUGGGCAGUAGGAGGGGUUUGGCCAGCUCAUGAAAAACACAUUAAAGAAUAGCAAAUUUUUGUUUUGUAAUAGUAUAGACAUUCACAUCAGCCAAAUUAGUGCCAGUUAGUGGGCAGCUGCUUGUUGUCUGGUUACAUUUUAAUAAGGGGCAGGGUCAGAAAAAAUCUUUCCACUUCUUGGGUGGGUUAGGUGUGACUUAAGAGUUUGGGAACCACUGAUCUAUGCGAAAUAAUAAGUCAUAGGAGUUAUGAUCCCUGUGUAUAUGAGACAAUCUGUAGGACUUAGUUCAGUCUCACUGCUUCGGCACUUUGUUGCAUUCCAGUUCCAUUCCAUUUCAUGAAUUUGUACCACAGAGCUGCAACAUGGAGUCUUGUGCACGGUCACACUGGAUGCGUUUUAGCGGUUCGAUCGAUUGCCGCAUGUGGAAUAUGUAGUGUUUGAAUAAAACGCAGUGUUUAGAAGCUCCAGUCGUGCGAGUAGCCUGUGUUUAGGAAUAAAGAGGAAGUAGCUCAGAGAUCCACUACAGUGAAAGGUAAUGCGAUCCCUCAUAACAAUGUCCUUUUGCGUUCUGCAAAACCAUUUCUCUCAGUAUAUGCAAUAUGAGCAGAUUGCCAUUGGAUGGCAGGCUCUAAAAGACUGUGUGCUGGUCAUUCAACCUUCCUGACAGAUAAGCCAUCACAGUACUGUAAUCUGCUUUUGUUCCCACUUGUUUUGGUGACACUCAGAACAGUUCACACUUCAGACUCGUUCCUUCCUGUAUCGUUUCUUUUAUAUGAAGUUAAUAAACAUUUCAAAUAG